GCAAUUUGGGCAACUCCCACUUGACAGAAGUUCCGUCUUAUUUCCUGCACCUAAGAAAAUGAGUGCAACGCAAAGGGGAAAUGAUACACAAUUGUAUCUGUUUUAACUGCCGCAGAAUAAUCGACUGAGCAUGAAAUAAGACAGGAUGCGGGAUCGACUGUGUGAGCUGCACUCAGCCUCCAGGCUAACAGAAGGCGUGGUUGCUAAGGCUGGAAAUGAGGCUGGAGAUGAAGAGCAGUUGGAGGUGGUGUUUGAUGGAGAGCAGGAGAUGGAGGAGGCCUUCAAGGAGGUGCAAGCCAUGCACAAGGAGAUCACCCAACUGCGCAUAGAGGUGAAACAGCUGGGGAAGCAGAAUUCACGCUUUCUCACCUCCAUGAGACGCAUCAGCAGCAUCAAGCGCGACUCCAACUCCAUUGCCCGCGGCAUCAAGGCCCGCAGCCAGGCCCUGUAUGCCCGCCUGAAGGAGAUGGAGGCCCGGUGCCAGCGCCUGGAGCAGGAGUAUGGCGCCCACUCUUCCCUGGCACGCAUGGUGCGCGGCCAGUGUGCCUCCCUCACCACUGCGUUCCACGCCGCCAUGUCCUUGUACAACGAGGCGGAGAUGGAGCAGCGGGACAACUGCAAGAAGCGCAUCCAAAGGCAGGCUGAGAUCGUGGGCCAGGAGGUGACCGGCGAGCAGAUCGAGGAGAUGAUCGAGUCGGGGAAAUGGAAUGCCUUCUCUGAGAACCUGGUGGCGGACGGCCGCGCGGCGCGAAGUGCCCUCUGCGAGAUCGAGAACCGCCAGAAGGAACUGGUGGAGCUCGAGGGGCGUAUCCGGGAAAUCCAUGAACUCUUCUUCCAGCUGGCCCUCUUGGUGGAGGAGCAGGGCACCAAGCUUGACAACAUAGAGGCCAAUGUGGCUGGUACGCAGGACUAUGUGGCCAAGGCAAGAGUGCAAAUCACCAAAGCCCAGCGAUACAAAAAAGCAAACCCCUGCAGACGUUUUUUCUGUUGCUGUUUCCCCUGCUGCAAUAAGUAACACUCUCUCAUAGCAAACUGCUUCUACAAAUACCCUUUUGCAAUGAAGGGCAAAGUAGCUAACAGAACCUAUGAGAUAUCUGCUGUGGUAGAUUUGACAUGAAUAAUUGACUUCUCCCUUUUUCGACUAGAGAAGACAGAGGACCACACCCAACCUCAUGUUGACAAAGACACUUGUGUAGUCCUAGACUACAUGUAAUAAACAGAAACUUUUAUGCAAUUAAGGUAGUGAUAUUAAGUAUGUUUGUAUGUGAACACAUGUUGUAUAAUCAAGGCUCAUUUUAUGUCGGCUCUUCUGUUGGUUUGCAUAUUGUACACUUGAGUGCAUUAAUGUGCAUAUUUCUGGAGGCCUUAAAUGCUUUUGAUAAUACACAGUCAUUUUAAGUCGCGAA